AUGAGAUUAGGAGAGGGCGGGGCAGACAGGUCGUGGAACUGCACAGCCUAUAAAAGCCGAUGGAAGCUGUCAAUCCUCCGCUUUAUAUACCAUGAAUUCCCUUAUAGUGGUGGCGGAACCUCACUCGGUGCUGGCUGUGAAGAAGGAGAGGUAAUCCAGUCAGAUGGGACUUGCGCAGGCCCCGUAAUUAGCAGGAAACUUUACCUCUUCGAAGCCCCAGAGCCGCCACAUCAACCUACCGGUCCGCCUUCCCCUCUGCCACGACCGAAGGUAAAUGAAAACCACAUCUACGUGCGCGUGCCUGGGGACACCCCAACGCCGGAGCCGGUCGUCAUUCCUCCACCAAGACGCAAAACCCUCGUUUAUGUGUUGAAGAAAGUGAACGAGAGAACACAGCGGGUGAUCGAGGUUAAAUCCAUCCCAUCUCGCAACCCUCAAGUUUAUUUCAUUAACUACCAGGAUGGAGAGAAUCCAUCUCUUCCAAUAGGUAUACAUAUUGAUACCUCCUUAGAUAUUAAUGAUGACGUAGUCAGAGAUUCUGGAGGUAAACUGGGCGAUUCUGUUGGGUUAGCUGGAAGCAUUAGAAGAUUUUCUGUAGGGUUAGGUAAAAGUACUAGCGCAACCUUCAGUAAUAAUGGAGUUCUCAUCGCUGGAACUGCUAAUAGGCAAAGUAGAAAUAAUACAGUGAAUAGAGGUUUUAUUUCAAGAUCUCUAACCCCCUCAGGUUUAUAUUCGCGAACUCUUGUUUCCUAAGCAUGUAAAUAUAAUGUGUAUAUAUUUAUUGUUAAGCUUUUGCUAACAGAUCAGAGGAAAUAAUGUACAAAUAAAAUAGAUGUUAAAUUUUU